AUGUCUUAUUCUUAUUAUUCUCCACCGCCGCCGCCACGUCCACCACCACCAAAUUGCAACAUGACAAUGCCAAAACCACUUUCACCACCACCUCCUCCUCCUAACUCGACUCAUCCUCCUCCACCACCAAACCACAACACGACCGUGCUAAAACCCAUUUCACCACCUCCUCCUCCUCCUCCUCCUCCUCCUAACUCGACUCAUCCUCUUCCACCACCAAAUCACAACACAACCGUGCCAAAACCCAUUUCACCACCUCCUCCUCCUCUUCCUCCAAACUCAACCUAUCCUCCUCCACCACCAAACUACAACACGACAAAGCCAAAAUCCCUUCCACCACCACCACCACCUCCUCCUAUUCCCUAUAACAAAUACAAUUGUACAUGUCCUCCUAUACCAUAUCCUCCGCCGCCGCCGCCCAAUUCUUAUUAUCCUCCUCCUCCUCCAAAUGCACUCAAUCCAAAUUCAACUUAUGUUAAGCAUAACAACAAAGCUCUUAUUGCAGUAUCCGCUUCACUUGGUGGCAUAUUGGUUGCAUUUCUUCUCCUUGGUGCCUUUUUCCUUGCAAAGCUCAAAAAGAGACCUCUUGAAUCUACCUCUCAACCUACAACCACUAAUUUCGAAGCUAUAGAGACUCAAGAAGUUGUAGUUGUUCACGGUGAUGAUGCCCAAGCCGGAGAAAUAUCUUGUGAACCAGAUGCUCCUCCGGCUCAUGGCCAUCAUCCCCACAACUAUGCUUCAUAA